AUGCUCUUUCCGCAAUCAACGGCACAGUGCUCGCGUAUGGUCAGACCGGAGCGGGCAAGACGCACACGAUGGAGGGGCCCAACAUGCUCAUCGACGACCCCGAGAGUUCCGGCAUUCUCCCGCGCGUCGUCAAGGAGAUCUUCGUCCGCAUCAACGCGACGGCGGCCCCCAGCGAAUACAAAGUCGCCCUCUCCGUGGUAAAGCUUCGGAGCAAUUGUCAGUGUUGGGCUUAGACCUGACAAACGCUGACAGAACAUUUGGGCAGGUCGAGAUUUACAUGGAGCGGAUCAGGGACCUGUAUGAUGUGAGCAAGGACAACCUGGUGGUGAAGGAGGACCAAACCCGAGGGAUCUCCAUUGCCGGCGUCACUGAGAUAUAUGUUGAAGGCGAGAAGGAGAUGCUUCAGCUUCUCGAGGUACCCUGUUCUCUAACUUUCCGCACCUGUUCUUUGAAACUCAGCAGAGCUGUUAACUCUUUUCUUUCAGGCUGCGAUCAAGAAUCGGGCUGUUGGGGCGACCA